AUGGUGUUCACCAGCUUUGCCGCGCCACGUCUUGUUUGCAGCCAGCUUUUGACAAGUUUAACUACAGCAGCGCAGCAAACGGGAAAGAGAACUCUGGACUGGCAAACAGAGGACAGAGACCCGUCCAGUGUCGACGAUUUAUCGAACGCAGCCUUUCCCCGGAGCGAAUGGGAAGAUAGCCCCGACCGUGACCAGAUCUUAGGAGCAGCUCACGGAGCACAAUUGUUGGCGAAUGCCCACUCCACUCGCUGUCCUGGCAGAGGGCCGAGGGUAAAUCCCAAGGUUGGAUGCCGGCCCAAAGACGGCGAAAAGAAGGGAGGACGCCCAAGCCUGAGGACGGCGAAAGGCCGCGCUAGGCCGAAGUGGGAUUCGACCUUGGACUCUGGAGUGACCGGCUGUGACCAGGCGGCCCACCAUGAUUUGGCAGCGGGAACAGGUAGUUACAGGUACCUUCUGGCAGGCUGGUAG